AUGCUCACCUCUCUCGGCUCGAGUGAGUCCCCUUCUUCGCCACUACGAACCCUACGGAUAGUGAAGAAGCGUUGCGGAUUCGACGACAAAGUGGCCUCCUUCCAGGCCGUCACCGGUCUCGAGGACUCCGAUCUCUGCACCGAGAUCAUCUCCGCCCAUAAUUGGGAUCUGGAGCUCGCCAUCCCCUCUUUCACCUCGAAUGGCCCUUCAUCCUCCGCCCCCGGCCUCGCUUGGAGGAUCGCUACCCUCCCCUUCUACGUCGUCUCCGGCGCCGUCGGCCUCGGCUUCUGGAUCGCGGUCGGAUUCUCUCCCGCACCGUCGGCCUCCUCGCCGCGCCACGCGGCGCCGAGGCCGUCCGCCUGA